CUGUAUCCGCACCAGCAGCUCCAGUGCCGCCUGGUUGUUAUAGUGAUAAACUGAGGCCUUGCCUCUUGGCUUCUCCGAGAAAGAAAGGGGCGGGGGUGCGGAGGUUAACCUCUUUGCUUCCCCAGGCAAGACAGAAAGAAGGGAAAAAGAAGGGGGAUGGGUAGGAAAGAGAAAAAUACGUGACAAAGAAAACAUUCUCUGCCUGGGAGGAGACUCCCAGAGGGUAUAGAGCUGGAGGGACAGUCACUGGCCAUGCCAGUACUUACCACUGAUGCUGAGUCAGAAACAGGUAUCCCAAAAUCCCUUUCCAAUGAGCCUCCCUCAGAAACCAUGGAGGAAAUAGAGCACACAUGCCCACAGCCUCGACUGACCCUGACUGCACCUGCCCCAUUUGCAGAUGAAACCAGCUGCCAGUGCCAAGCGCCCCAUGAAAAACUGACCAUUGCGCAAGCUCGCUUAGGAACACCAGUUGACAGGCCUGUCAGAGUGUAUGCAGAUGGAAUAUUCGACCUCUUCCAUUCAGGUCAUGCAAGGGCACUUAUGCAAGCAAAAACACUGUUUCCCAACAGCUACUUAUUGGUAGGAGUUUGCAGUGAUGAUCUCACCCACAAAUUCAAAGGUUUCACCGUGAUGAAUGAAGCAGAGCGAUACGAAGCUCUCAGACACUGUCGCUAUGUGGAUGAAGUCAUCAGAGAUGCUCCGUGGACUCUCACGCCAGAAUUUCUGAAGAAACACAAGAUUGACUUUGUGGCUCAUGAUGAUAUUCCGUACUCUUCUGCCGGCUCUGAUGAUGUUUACAAGCAUAUAAAAGAAGCAGGAAUGUUUGUUCCAACACAGAGAACAGAAGGCAUCUCAACAUCAGAUAUCAUCACCAGAAUCGUCCGUGACUAUGAUGUUUAUGCCCGGCGCAACCUCCAAAGAGGGUACACAGCCAAGGAACUGAAUGUCAGCUUUAUAAAUGAAAAGAAAUACCGUUUCCAGAACCAAGUGGACAAGAUGAAAGAAAAGGUCAAGAAUGUGGAAGAAAGGUCAAAGGAAUUUGUUAACCGAGUCGAAGAAAAGAGUCAUGAUCUAAUUCAAAAGUGGGAAGAAAAGUCAAGGGAAUUCAUCGGCAACUUCCUAGAAUUGUUUGGACCUGAUGGAGCAUGGAAACAGAUGUUCCAGGAGAGGAGUAGCCGGAUGCUACAGGCCUUAUCCCCGAAGCAGAGUCCUGUGAGCAGCCCAACCCGGAGCCGGUCCCCUUCCCGCUCCCCGUCACCCACCUUCUCAUGGCUCCCAAGCAAAACCUCACCCCCGUCCUCGCCCAAAGCUGCUUCAGCCUCCAUCAGCAGCAUGAGUGAGGGGGAUGAGGAUGAGAAGUAAAGGUGGCCAUCAGGCAAGAGCCAUGCCUCGCAGGAUGGGGAGGGGGAUUCUGGGGGAUGCCUGGGUGGUGUCUGAGGGGGAAGAGUCACAGGAGCAGCUGCUCAGCAGGGAGGCCCUGAGUUCUGCCUAGGGAAGGUCUUGGGACCAGUUCUCCCUCACUGUCCACACAGUCUCGCAUGGGCUCGGCAUGGAGGUUUCUGGCUGGAUAACCUGUACAAUCUUCUUAGCAUCAUCUAGAACCACUCUACUUUAACCUUGCUAAGGAAAGGUGCAGAGCAUCUCGGAGGCUCUUUCACUGAGUGGGGUGACUUCUGGUUUGGUCUGUACACCCAUCCCCAUCAAGUAAACCACUUGUGGAUGCGGCUGCCCCCUCAACCUGCUAAUUCUGCCUGUAUAAGGGCCCUGCACGUUGCCUCCUACCACCCGAGCUCUGCCAGAAUAAAUUUAUGUCCAAUAGAGGCGGCAAAGUGCUAUUGAAAUAGUCAAGUUAAAAGACAAAUUCCAGCCUUCUCAGUUCAGCCACUAAGACGAUAUUACAACGCAUCAACUCAUUCCGGUUGCCAGGACCGUGGCUCAGAGACAAAGCCCCAGUUUGGGCCAGAUGUAAAAGGUGAUCUAUUACGCACCUAACCUCUCAAUCAAAGGACAGUUUUGUUGAGGAGAGCUCCAUCUAAGGCCUCAUGUGUUCCUGGCUGUACUUUAUCAUCAUUGGUUUGACUUCACUGUUUUUCAGAAAUUACCUUAACCUAUGGGAACUGCAACAAGGAAAGACAUCCUGUACUGAAAAUGAAAGAGGAGAUGCUUUUGCAUUGACUCCAAAUUUGGCAGAUAAAAAAAUAUCUCCCAAAGCUUCUCUUUAAAUGAUGCUAUUAUGGAAUGGCUUUCCCAUUUCUGACCAGUUAACAGUUUCAUAGACCUCAAAUAACAGUUCUAUGUACCAAACACAUAGUAUACUGAUAGGGGGUGCUACCUGCACAUAUCUGUUCUAUGUAUGCUCCAAAUAUGCUAUCCCAGGGUGUAUAUCAUAUGCAAUAUGAAUAUGUGGUGGUAGCAUUUUCCCAUAUACUCCUCUCCUGUGCUCUACCCUAAUACCCUGCUGAAAUCCUUGAUCUAAAGAACCAUUUGGUUCCCUUGUGACUUGGGCACUUUGUCAUAAGCUCAUGCCUGAUUCCCAUAGAAAUGUUUUGUCCCAACCAGGAAAAUACUGUUGUUCUCAUGGCCUACCAUAACAUUUUUGGGUGAAGGAAGGCUCUGAAGAGUUUUUCUAAGGACUGUGGGUUUCAUUAAUUGAACAAGUCUAGGUAGUGUUGUAGCUAUCUCAGGCACCUAGGUUUGCCAAAUGGGAUGAAGACUUUCAGAGUCCUGCAGAGCUAUGUAAAAUUACUGCUGCCUAGUGUCAUGCUGGAAAUGGGCAGGUAAAUUCAAGGUUUAGAAUCCAACUCUUGGGCAGGUGUAGCUAUUGCUCAGUUAUCCUAGUAAAGUCAGACAGAGCUGGGACCUGAUUGGGCAGGAGCCCCAACCAGCAACUCAUGGGCAGAUCCUAGCACUUUAUGUUGACAGAAGAACCCCUUUUCUAGAGGCCUUAGAAAUCAGCUUUCUGGGAGCAACCAAUGAAGAAAGGUGGCAUGUCUUUCCCCUUUGUGUUAGGGUCGAACUACCUCCCUGCCUACCUGGAAACACCUGGUGUUUAUUAGAAAGCAAAGCUAUAAGGCUAAGCUGGCUUGGGGCCUCCUUGAUCCUGGCACUUUCUCCAGAAUUCUGAAAAGCACUUGUAUAGACAAAGGGUGAGCAGAAAGAUGGCCUGUGAGAAGGAAAAUUCAUUUUUCAGUCGAGGUCCUCCCUUUGCACAUCAUUCUACUGAGAGAGAGGCCAAGGCUCCAUUCUUCCAUACUGACUCCUGCUGAGCACGUCAGUUGAUUGACACAUUUAGCAGUGAAAGAACACGAUGACAAGCCUGGCAAGGGAAGGCAGUAAGAACAGGGGAAAAAAAGGAGAGAAAAGACUCUUGAAGAGAGGGAAGGAAGAUAAAGAAAAUCUUCUCUGUUAAGCCAUUUCAGUACCUCACUUUGUUGGUGAAACUUUCGUGCGGAAACCAUUUAAUGCUCUGAUUCCAAUGACCCAGGGCAGAUAGAUUGACUCUGACUAGUCCUGCUCUAAAGAAAACUCUGGGGUUAAUAUAUCAGGCUGACUAUAAAUUUGCCGGCCAUAUGUAUCAUACUGACAAGUGCCAUGUAUGUGACUCAUCAGAUAGUGUCAUCAUGACUGCCAAUUAUGGGAAAUGACCAAUGCCUGAGAUACUCCAGCAAUGGGCCAAAAUAACCCUUAAGUGGGUUCUAAAUCCCAUCCCCCUAACCUUCAGCAAAACCUCCCUGCCUUCUUGAGAACAUGAGUCUCCUGAGAAGGAGCAGGGUGGAUUCCAUAACCCGGCCUUUGAUACUCUUGGACAUCUCUCCGUUUUUCCCGGCCCCUGUUGCCUAGCUUCCCUGCACCCAAGAGGAGCUGGGCUUGGGCUUUGGGCCAUCCAGUCAACUGCCAUGGCCAAGAGUGAGUUAAGGAUGAAACAGGAUAUAGAGAACGUGUGCUACCAUCUUGGAGAGGUGAGCAGAAGUGAUGGAAAGCAAGGGGCGAGGUGCCUUUUGCUCUAGGAACGGAAGGAGACUUCAGAGAGAGGAGAGUGCCUGGACAGCACCUUAGGAUUGUGGAGGGGGCAGGUAGUGAAGAUGAAAGAAAAUGCGACAGGAUGCGGAUCAAGGGUUAACAUAGCCCCUAACAGGUUAAGGAGAAGGGUUUCUGUUCCAGUACAAACUUCCAAGAUUAGUGGAUAGCCAUGCAGCGGCUGGGGUCCCUGCCUCUCCCGCCAGCACUCCCACAUCUUCCUGACGGGGACACUGGGAUGAAGUGCUGAUCUCCUCCUCCAAGCUAAGCACUGAGGGCAGGACUGCAACAUGCAGUCACACUGAAUGGCUUCAAACUGCUGGGUGCCAGGUCCUUACAAAGACAAAGGCGAGGCAGCCUCACAAGGAGCAAGACACAGACAUCACCGAGCUUCUGACUUGCUCUGCGUGAAAGAGACCCUGCUGUGAGAUUUCUGUCUCUUAGGCUACGAGAUGCUGAUUCCACCCUUUGAGGAAGGAACAAGAACACAAAUUUAUUUUCUCUCCAUCUUCACAACUUAUUUUAGCACCCCGCCAUACCCCAGGGAGAGAUGUGACAUGACGUCACUGGCUCGGCUGAAUCAGAUGAGGUCCUAUCUAGUGAGAUGCACAGGUAUCACGGGCAUCCAUUCAGCACUAGUCCAGGCCAUCUGAGUUGUUUUUUUUUUAAAUCUCACAAGGCAUAUGCAACUUCUCUUCCUCUUGUGACUACUGUCUAGUUUUUUGUUUUGUUUUGUUGUGUGUGCGUGUGUGCGUGAGCGUGUGUGUAUGCAUGUGUGUGUGUGACUGUAAUGUGUCCGGGGACAAAGCCAUAAGAAAAGCAUACAUACUUAAGACUCUGCUGUACAUAGAAGACAAGAAGAUGACUCAUCUGAGUUGAAGCGUGACCUUAUGCCCAAGCAUUCGAUUUGCUCUGGUGCUGAAUAAUGUGAACUACUGGAAUCAGCCCCUCUUCUGGUACUCCCCUCCCUGCCCUGCUCCCAAAUGGAACACAGCAUUCCUGACUUGUUUAUAAAUAAAGGGAUGCAGAAUUGCA